AUGUGCCCUCAAGGCACUUCUUAUUUCACUCACUGUGAUUGCCAUCGAAGAUCAUCGCAAAUGGAAAAGGCUAAGGGUGAAGCUCAACGGCUGGAGGAGGCCAGCAAGGCUCCUUUCAUAGCCUUAUCGCAGUCAUACACCCUCCAACAGACAAAGGAAGAUCUCCUUCCAUUCGAAUAUCAAGAUGGCCUGACAGCUCGCGACGUUCCGGAGACAACGCUCACCCGUCAGCAAGCCUCGAACUCAGUACAAUCAAUCGACCAGAAUGAAUAUCUCCCGGCAAGACUUUCUCGGAUUCACGAAGGCGCCGACGACAGCGCUCUCUGUGCUCAGAAAUCCGUCCUGUACCUAGCCUAUGGGUCGAACCUCGCAUCCCAAACCUUUCUGGGCAUGCGCGGCAUCAGGCCCCUCUCACAGCUCAACGUUCUUGUCCCAGAUCUAAGAUUAACGUUUGAUCUGCCGGGAAUUCCAUACUUCGAGCCAUGCUUCGCGGGAACUCAUUUUCGGGAUACAUCCGCUACCAAUGGCGGGGAGGCUGAAGAAAAGCGCGCCCUAAUAAACACGCCAGACACCGACCAAGACCGCUACAAGGGUCCCCUCAUUGGCGUCGUUUAUGAAGUCACAUUAUCCGACUACGCCAAAAUCAUAGCCACAGAAGGAGGUGGCCGUGGUUACAAAGACAUCGUAGUGACUUGCUACCCGUUCCCAAACGGCUAUGACCCCGCCGAUCCAAUACCGGAGCGACCAGAGACACGGCCUUUGAAGGCGCACACGCUGCUCUCGCCGGCCGGGAUGCAGGAGCUGCUGCUGCCUCAAACGAGGUCAAGAAUCAGGACCCCACGAAAUGCACGCUACACUCAACCCUCUGCACGUUAUCUUAGCUUGAUCACCACUGGUGCAGCAGAGCAUAACCUUCCUCUGGCGUACCAGGCCUACUUGAAUCAACUGCAGCCGUACUGCAUCACGUCAUUCCGGCAGAGAGUUGGCAUGGUAGUGUUCCUGGUCAUAUGGGGUCCCUGGAUCCUUCUGUUGCUGGGUUUGCCGAGAGUUUUUGCUCGGCCGGAUGGCCGUAGUCCUGAGUGGGUGGGCCGACUCAAUGACUUGCUGAUGGCUGGGGUAUGGAGUAGUUAUGACAAUGUAUUUGUGCAUAUAUUCGGAGAUGGUGAAAAGACUAUUGAGCGCUGAGACUCAAUAUUCACGCCAUGGACAGCGUUGUGUAUAAAGUUAGCAGAUGCAAAUAAGUCUUAAUGGUUGGCUGCU